AUGGGCUGUGGAGAGAGCAAAAGAAGCAUUCUCGCAGGACUAAAUUGCCAAGUUGACCUUGUUAAAAGCCAAAGGCUAAAAUUCCAACAAGAAAUCGACGAAGCCAAAAAAGAGCACGAAAAGCAUGAAGCUGAACAAUCUAAAACCAUAAAAAAUCUUAAUGACGAAAAUCAAGACCUUAGGGCUGAAAAGUCAAGAAUGGAAAUUCAGCUAAAAAACCUCGAUCCCAAAGCUGACAUUGUGAGAUCUCAGCUCCACAGCUUAGAAGCUGAAUACAAAACCACAAAAAAAGAACUUAAACAUUUAUCCAAAGAUCUAAAAGAAGCGGAAAAUGAAAAAGAAGCAAUUUCAAGCCAAUACAAAGAAAUAUCAGAAGAAAUUAACGUUAUAAUCCAAAAUGAACUUGUGUUGCAAGAAAAUAUUGAAAAUCUUGGUGACGUGGAGGGGUUGCUAUCUCUCCCCUCUCUAAGCAAGCAAAAUUUUUUCUAGUUUGGAGGUGGUGCAUUGAAAAAAUAUAUAUAAAUUUUCAUUAAAAUUUCGAAAAAAAAAAAUUAAACUUGUAAAUUUCUUAAAAUUGAAUUGGAUUGGCUGGAUAUUUAUUUAAAAUAAUUAUCACGUAUAGGAGAAAUAUUUAUUAAAUUUAAAAAAUCUUUCGCUACCUAAUUUCCCAUGAAAUGAUGAUUUUUUUAAUGGUUUUACUUGUUUACUAACUCCCCCCCCCCCCCUCCGUGAGCGAACAAAACCAUUAGAAAAAUCGCCAUUUUUUGACCAAAAACCCACCCUCCGUGAGCGAACAAAAAUUUUUUUAAUAGAAAAAAUUUUAAUGGAAAAAAAUUUUGAUAUAUAAGUGAUAAUUAGUAUAAUGAAAUCUAGAGCUAAUUCUGUUUAAUUUUAAACAAAUUGCGUUUUAAAACAUAAAUUUUGCAAAUUAAAUUAAUAUUUGCUUCCCAAUUUUUGCAAAUUAGGAUUUUUUUAAAUUUCGAAAAAAAUAUUUUUUAUAAAAUUUAUAUAUAAAUUUUUUUUUAAAAAAAAAAAUUAACCCCCCUCCGUGAGCGAACAAAAAUUUUUUUUGUUCGCUCACGGAGGGGGGGGGGGGAGUAAGGGGGAGUAAGCGAACUAAAUAAUACGAUUAAUAGGCUUGAACAAGAAGUAGUGGAAAAAGAAAAAAAUAUACAAAAUUUAGAAGAAAAAAUUAAGGAAAAGGAAGAGGAGAAUAAGAGGAAAGAGGAAUUAAAAAUUGAAAUUAGUGAGGUCUUGUUAAGCAGUGAGAACGAAUCAAAAGUAAUGCAAGCAGUGAAAGAUGAAAUAGUUGAAAAUGAAGAAUUAAAGAGGCAGGGAGAUGAAAAGUCAGCCGAAAAUCAAGGUUUGGAGCAGACAAUUAGCUCUCUAGAGAUCACACAAGAAGAAAUUGAGUCUAAUCUUGCACUAGACAAAGAAAUCGAAAGACUAACCAGGCUAAUUAAUGAAACCAAUGAAACUCAUGAAAAAAGAGAAAACUUAGCAAAUAAGUUGCAAGAAACUUUAGCGCAGCAAAAUCUCCAUAAUUCGGCCAAGAAUAGUCUUGAAAAUGAUAUUUACCAUCAAAUUUUAAUUUUUUUUUUUAUAAAAUAAAAUAAAUAAUUUUUUUUGAAAAUGAAAUAACUUCAAUUCAAGAAGAAAUUGAUCGACUGAAACGAGAAAAAGAAGAAGCCUUAAACAAUAAAUUGACACAAGCCAUUAAUGAAUUGAGUCAAAAAAUAGCAGAAAAUAAUGAAAACUAUGGAAAAGAACUUCAAGCGCUACAAGAAGAAUUAGAUAACUUGCAACAAAAGUUAGAUCACAGGCGCGAAAAAAGGAACAAAAAACAACAAGAAAUUAAUGAAAUGAGAGAAGAGCUAGAAAGAAUAGAAAAUUCCCCUAAAAUAGAAGAAGAGGAAUUAGUAGUAGCUGAAGAAGAAACCCCUAAAAGGCCUGAUCCAAAUAAAAUCGAAUAUUUCGAAGAAACCAAAGAGCCAGUGCCUGAACCAGCUCAAGCAGAGCCUGAAUACGACCAAAUAGGUUCUGAAAUCCCUCAAGAAGCCAACCAUUCUGAAACAACCAAUGGAGUACCUCACGAAAUGAUUCCUACACCAGUGAGAUACGAAGUUCCUAUCAAGCUGCGUCAUUUAAAUACAGGCCACGUCCUUCACUCCCACCCUGUUAAUUACCAUGGAGGUUCAAACCAACAAGAAGUCACCUGCCAUGGAAGCCGAGACGAUAAUGACUGAUGGAUAAUUAAAGGAGUCCCCCUAAAAAAAGGUGAAAAAAUAAAAGGAGGUAAACUCCGUGUCGGUGCUGAAAUAGGUAACACUUCAUGCAUCAUUUUACAGCAUUUAACAACCAAAAGAAAUCUCCAUUCACAUGCAGGAGUCCAAUCCCCUUCAUCCCAUCAACAAGAAGUCACCUGCUAUGGCGAUUUCGGCAAAGGGGACAGCAAUGAUUACUGAAAGGUAGAAAUUCAAGGCGUGCAAGGCAAAGUGUCUUGGAUUUCCAAUAUGAAAAUCCGAUUAAUUCAUAUUAACACCCAGAAUGCUUUGCACUCACAUGGAGGACAUUUCACACAGUCAGGACAGCAAGAAGUGACGUGUUAUGAGAACAGAGAUGAUAAUGACUUGUGGGUGGUCGAAACCAUAGCAUAA